GUCGCUGCCCUGCAGUUUUCGCGCCAACGCGCUGCAUUGUGGGGAUGGGUAGCGGAAGUCCGACGGUCGUGGGGAGGCUGUUGUUGUUUCUAUUCGGACACGGGGGAGUCGUGUUUUGGUUUUUAGGAUUUAACUCCGGGGGGACUUUAAAGUUGGCUGAAACGGAAACUCAAAGUUUGUACGAAUGCGGGGCGAAGAGUCGUCGGAUUCCGAGUCGGGGAGGAUGGAGGAGAGUUCAGUCCGGAGGAGUUUGGAGACGUUGUGUCAGGAGCUGAACAUGGACGAGCAGACCGCCACUGAAGCCAUGGAGAACUUCACUGCCAUAUGGAACACGUACACGCUGGAGGGGGAGGUGGUCCACUGGUUGGCCUGCUCGCUGUACGCCGCCUGCAGGAAGGGAUCCACUCCCACAGUGGGGAAAGGCCUGAUGGAGGGAAACUGCGUCUCCCUCACCAGGAUCCUUCGCACCGCCAAACUCAGUCUGAUCCAGUUCUUCUCCAAGAUGAGGAAGUGGGCCGACAUGUCCAACCUGCCGCAGGACUUCAGGCUGCGCAUGGAGCGACUGGAGCGCAACUUUGAGGUUUCCACCGUGAUUUUCCGCAAGUUUGAGCCCAUCUUCAUGGACAUGUUUCAGAACCCGCAGGGAGGGGAGCCGCCACGGCAACCACGCAGCAGGAAGCACAGGCGACUCCCCUGUCACAUCAGUGAUGUGUUCAAGUUCUGCUGGACUCUGUUUGUUUACACCAAAGGUAACUUCCGUAUGAUCGGCGAUGACCUGGUGAACUCGUACCACCUGCUGCUCUGCUGUCUGGACUUGGUGUUUGGGAACGCUGUGCUGUGUGCCAACAGGAAGGACCUCAUCAACCCGACGUUCAGAGGUCUGCCUGCUCUGUACCGCGCUGACGGCCAUGUUUGCCCAGACGAGCCUCCUCCCUGUGUGUUGGAACGGCUGUGCGAGCUGCACGACGGGCUGGUGGUGGAGGCCAAAGGCAUCAAGCAGCACUACUUCAAGCCCUACAUACAGAAACUGCUCCAGAAACAGAUCCUGAAAGGCAGCGAGGAGCAUUUGACAGAACUGUUGGAUCCUCAGAACUUCAUCGAUAACAAUAAAGCCAUAAACAGGGAGUAUGAGGAGUACGUGUUGACGGUGGGAGAUUUUGAUGAGCGAGUGUUUCUGGAAGCUGAUGCAGACGAGGAGAUCGGGACCCCGAGGAAGGUCACCCAGGAACCAUCUGCGAGCCAGAUGACCACUCAGAACCACCUGCAACAACACGUAGAGAAGUCUGGCUCUCUCGCCCCCUCCACCCCUCUCACAGGGCGAGUCUACCUGAAGGAGAAGGACCUGCUGGUCACGCCUGUCUCCUCGGCGACGCAGAGCGUCAGCCGGCUGCAGAGCAUGGUGGCCGGGCUGAGGACGGCGCCCAGCGACCAGUUGAUGCAGAUCAUCAGGUCGUGUUCCAGAGAUCCCACAGAGUCCAUACUGACCAGAGUGAAGACGCUGGGACAAACCUUCAAAGAACAUUACACCAACGACUCGGAGGACAUGCCGGGCUCUCACAUGGACUUUGCCGAGAACCGUCUGAAGCUGGCUGAGAUCCUGUACUAUAAGAUCCUGGAGAACGUGAUGGUUCAGGAGACCAAACGGCUGCACGGCAAAGACAUGAGCAUGUUACUGGAGCAGGACAUCUUCCACUGCUCCCUGAUGGCCUGUUGUCUGGAGGUGGUGUUGUUCUCCUACAGCUCCCAGAGAACCUUCCCCUGGAUCAUCAACAUCUUCAAACUGGCCCCAUUCUACUUUUUUAAGGUGAUUGAGGUGUUUAUCCGCUCAGAGGAAGGCCUGUCCAGAGACAUGGUGAAGCAUCUGAACCAGAUCGAGGAGCAGGUUCUGGAGAGCCGAGCGUGGAGCGCAGACUCUGCCCUGUGGAGCGCCUUGCAGGCUGCAGGGAACAAAGUGCCCACAGUGGAGGAGGUGAAUUUUUCCUCCAGUCUUGACACGGGAUCUGGUUCUGGUUCUGGUUCUGGUUUGGCCAGUGGAGGUCAGUCCCACCUGCCUCUGGUCGCCCUCUCUCCUAUCAUCCACCCCCGCAUCAGGGAGUUCAGAACAGGCCUGGGCAGCGCACGCAAAGAUGUUCCUCCAUCUCCAUUGUCGGUCCAUGACCGGUACAGCUCCCCAGCAGCCGGCAGCGCUAAGCGGCGGCUCUUUGGCGACGACCCUCCCUCGUCGGGGGCGGCAGCCAGCUUCAGCCCGCUGUCGUCACCGGCCAAAAGGCUGACGUUCGGCUCGAGCAGCACGCUGAAGAUCGGAGCACAGAACACCCAGACCACCGUCCUGAGUAUCCCGCUGCAAGGCAUGAGUAACGACCGCACUAUCACACUGAUCCCGGUUUCGCCGUGCGACUCCUCUGGUGCCAUCAACGCUCAGUUCCUGCUGACUGCCUCCCCGAGCCGCAUCGCCUCCCCGAGCCGCAUCGCCUCCGUGCCCAUGACCUCUGACCCCCACACAGGAAGUGGUCGGCCGCGGCGAACCGGAUCACUCGCUCUGUUCUUCAGGAAGGUGUAUCACCUGGCCAGUGUGCGUCUGAGGGAUUUGUGUGUGAAGCUGGACAUCUCGUCAGAGCUGCGAGGGAAAAUCUGGACGUGUUUUGAACACACUCUGGUCCACUGCACUGACCUGAUGCGGGGCAGACACCUCGACCAGCUGCUGCUGUGCAGCAUCUACAUCAUAUCCAAAAUCACCAAAGAGACUCACACCUUCCACGACAUCAUGAAGUGUUACCGCAGCCAACCACAGGCCAGCAGCCAUGUGUACCGCAGCGUCUUACUGCGUCACACUCCCAGAGAGCAGGUGGCUGAUGAGAACAUGGAGGUGGAUCCUGUUUCGGGAGGCGAAUCUGCAGAGAAAACCAGUCAGGCAUCAGGAGAAGGAGAAAACGCCAACCAAUCAGGGGAGGAGGAACGAGGUGACCUCAUCCAGUUCUACAACGGCGUCUUCGUCGUGAAGGUCAAGAGCUUCGCACUGCGAUACGCCACCAACGACAACCGGGCGGACGCUCCUCCUCUGUCUCCGUUCCCGUCGGUUCGGGCUCAGCCUCUGUCACCUCGUCGUGUCUCUCAGAGACACUCGCUGUACGUCUCCCCUCACAAGAACUCUGCAGGAAGCCUCACGCCGAACUCGUACACCUACAGGAUCAACAGCAGCCCAUCCAAGGAGCUGUCAGACAUCAACCGGAUGAUCCGGCAGGGCUGCGUGAGCAGGAAGCGGGCCUUCACCAUGGAGGGGGACGUGAUGAUGUCAUCAGCGUGCGACUCCCCCAGCAAGAGGGCGUGUCCGGAGAACGGCAGCAGCCCGGACGUGCUGCUGAAGCGCCUGCAGGACGUCGUGUCGGAGCGGCAGAGCCACUGAAGACUCAAAGCCUCAAGGUCCAGAACUGUUGGUCCCAGUUAACAGCAGGAGGAGACUUUUGUCCCUCCGUUAUGACCUGAGGGUCAGCAAAUAACGGCAGCAUUCGUGUCAUUCAGUUUCAUCCAAAGCAGCUCGUAGUUCCACUUCGAGUCCCAAGCACAAACGUCUGACUUUGUUACGGUGAUGAUGUGUCCGACCUCAGGGACGGCCGACGCCAUUCGCAGAGACGCUUCACUUGUUUCACGUUUCCGCUCGGUUUAAUCUCCGCUCUGUGCUGCACUCAGUGGGAUUAAAGUCUUUAAUCCCACGUGGUUUGUCAGAGCCGCCCUGCUGAGCGUCGCGGCUCAGGCAGGUUUUCAGGCUGUGUGCAGUUUACCCUUCAGUCACUUAAAGGAGCAUUUCGCAUGUUUUUAUUCACUCACUAACAACGUGAUUAAAACACCGCGUUGGCCUGAACACAAGACAACUCUGAUUAAUCGAUAACGGCGAGUUCUCCAGCACCUGUUGUGGGAGAAACACCUCUGAAGACACUAACGUUUUUCACAGGAAGCUGAAAUACUUCCAUGACAGCAGAAUGUGAAUCCUGAAAUUAUUUUUUCUGGCACUUUGUGAGAUGUUAACCAAACGCUUUUAGACCCGACUCUGACAUACCAUAAACAGACAAAUUACCCACAAUUCCACACUCCGACUGAAGGAGCUGCUGUCACUGCUGACCCCCUGCAGGGUCACAGCCACUCGUUCGGUUCGGGUCCCCGCGGUAUAAACUCGUUACCAGCUCGCAGUCGGACGACCUUCGUCAGGCUUUCCUCACAUUUUACUGGAGUGCAAAUCGAAAAUUGCGUUGCCGUGACAACAGUGCAGCGAGCGUGUUUUUAUUGACGAUCAAACCUCCCGCUGUGGCUGUGUUGGUGUGUUUUCUGGUCACGCGCACACACAGAAACGACAGUAUUGAAACUCACACUGGAGACUUCAGGGAUUACAAAAAAGUUGGGAUGUUUAAAAAGAUUAGACAAACAAAAUCAGUCAAACCCCAAGUGUGUGUGUGUGUGUGUGUGUGUGUGUGUGUGCGUGUUUGUGUGUGUGUGUGUUUGUUCUUUAACAGGAUGUGACAAAUCAGGCUCUGUUGUACAUUUUAAACACGUCCUCUUCAGUAUUUGCUGGUCUCCACUUUUAGAAAAGAGUUUAUUAUGAGGGAAAACUAAUUUUAUUCUUUUACUAAAUAAUUUUAGCGUUUGCUUUUAAUCUGUGCUUUCUGUGGUUAUGAACCACUCGAUGUUGUAUGAUGCUGUAAUGACUUCAUGCAGAUGAGAAAGUGGUCCGUCUGAGCAGCGUUUGUGUGCCCGAGUGUGUAGUAUCUACACAGUGCGACUCCACACGGGUCCUCGUCUCCUGUUGUGUUCACGGACCGUUUGCUAAAAGCACAGCGACUAAACGUGAGAAUACAGUAAAAAGCAGUCUGUAGCAAAAAGCAGCAGGGGAGAAGUUUGUGUCACUUUGUAUUUUCUACAAACAAGAAAUUUGUACAAUAAAACUUUCUCUGAGCCCCCAGCGUU